AGCACGCUGAAGGACCCGCAGCUGGUACCCUCAACCUGCCUUGCUGAUGCUGCGGGAGAGCCCAGGGACCAGAAGGCAAGUGCAUCCAGUCCAGGCUUCACUGGAAACUUUCCUAUCUCAUAGCUCCUCCUGGGGGUAGGGACCAGUUCUGGGGAACCCCAAAGCCCUGUAGACUAAUGGCUGCUGGAACAUCCACCUUGCUUAGCCUGUCAGGCCCUGCUGAUCACAUGGCUGAGGGUAAAGGGGCUCCUCUGAGGCCUUCAGUUGAGAAGAGAUGGAAGCUCACGGACCCCAAGCAGACCCAGCCAGGGAUGUUUAAGAAAAUGAGCCUUGUGGACUCUGACACUGCUGCAGGUAAGGGUGGCCAAGAUGAGGCCUAUACUGAACUGAACCUGCCAACAGCACUGAACAAGCCUCAACUGGACAGGCCUCUGGCCUGCAAGGCAUACACAGAGCAGAGGCAGAAUACCUUCAUAGAGCUAUCAUGUCUCCAGGAGAGGCCAGGGGACAUCCAGGCCCAGACGAGGAAGCCGGAGAACCCAGAAGGCCAGCUUGGCACUCAGCAGCUGCCCUCGACUCUCCCCAGAGCCUCAGGUGAUGGCACCGUGUGUUCAGCAUGGCCAGGUGCCCCCCGGAGGGAGCAGAAAAGUGCUUUCAGCAAGCCAGCCAAGCGCCCAGCAGAGAAACCUAAGCGCUCUCCCAUGCUUCUGGCUGGUGGAAGUGCAGAGGGCUCAUGGGAGCUCUCAGGACUCAUCACCACUGUGGACAUCCCAUACUGGGCUCAUCUGUCAACUUUCAAGUUCAUGGGUGAUUUCUGGAAAUUGCACACGUUGUCACAGAACAUUCUCCUCUGCAACGCUUUCCAGGGGGCUCCCACUCCAUGGCUGGAGCAUACCCAGGUACAAGCCCCCACAUCCUCAGCAUCUUCCUCCACAGCCUCCCGGGCUCUCUUGCCGCCCACACUCUCUUCCUUGGGCUUGUCUACUCAGAACUGGUGUGCGAAGUGCAACCUAGCCUUUCGCCUGACAGCUGACCUGGUCUUCCACAUGCGGUCACAUCACAAAAGGGAGCACGUGGGCCCUGACCCACAUUCUAAGAAACGAAGAGAGGAAGUUCUCACUUGCCCCGUUUGCCACGAGUACUUCCGGGAGCGCCACCAUCUGUCCAGGCAUAUGGCUUCACAUAGUUAGCAGGUGGCUACAGAGGAAACCGAUGGCCAUAGUGUCCAGUGCACGGUGGUGAGGCACAGGUGACUCCCGGCCUUUGCUGAGAAGGUUGUCAUAGACUUCUUCAAGGUUGUUCCUUUUGC